AUGUCCCAGCAAGCCCCUGCUACCCGCCGCACUGUCAGCCUCACUGGGUCGUCUCGCCUCAGCCUUAGCGUGGGCAACAAGCCCUCGCCGGUCAGUCCUGCCACUGCCGCUGGAAGGCACCCUCUGCGCCAAGACUACGUGCACCGCCCUCCCGGAACCAAGGUCGACUAUGAGAAGGAAAUUCACAAGGUUGCGACUUUUGGAUCUAUCGAGUCCUUUCUGCACCUGUAUGCGCACAUCACAUCGCCGGCCGAGCUCGCCCCGGUGACCGACAUCCUGUGCUUCGCUAGCCGCAUCCAGCGCCCCGGAAUCUGGGAGGAGAUGGUCAAGCUGCUGCACCCCAUCACGCCUGCUCUCUACGAGAGCCUGCUGUUUUCCCUGAUCGGCGACCAAUUCGACGAGUCUGACAAUGUUGUCGGCUGUGUUCUCAGCGUCCGCCAGACUGAGGACAUCAUGAGCGUGUGGGUGGAGGAGGAGGGAGAGGCGGUUCGCUCGGGAGCGCUCAGGGAGAAGAUCCUUUCGCUCCUUGGUCUCCCCUCCACGACCAUCUGCGAGUACCGGUCCAACAAGGCCCUUCUCGAUGCCGCCUCGUCACUGAAGGACAAGCUUGCGGAGGGUCACGAUGGUCACUCGCACCACCACGGUCACCACAACAACCACUCGCACCACCAUGGUCAGGGUGGUCAGGGAUUCCACCACCAGCACCAGCGUCACCGCCAUGACCGUUAUAACCGGGAGAACCGUGACAACUACCGUGAUAACCGGCCACGAGAGGAGGGUGAGCGCGUCGAGCGUAGGACUGGAGGGUGGGGCAAUGGGUUUCGCAGGGAACAAAGCGCGCUGACAAUAAGCGAGGAUGCCAAGCGCGAUGAAGCGAUCAACUCUUCAGUUGUCCCGGCCAAGAGGAAGGGCGGGAUCAUGAAGAACUCCCGUGCCUACAUGAUGGCGCUCAUCGGAUUCAUGGGCAUUUUCCUUUUCGGUUACGACACCGGUCUUGGUGGUGGUGUCUUGGGAUUAAUCAGUUUCCAGAGGGACUUUGGUCUGCAGAAGCCCGAUGGCAAGCCUGUCGACAACCUCGCGACGCUCCAGGGCAACAUCGUCUCCAUCCUCCAGGGUGGUGCGUUCUUCGGUGCUAUCUUCGCGGCUCCCAUUGAGAAUGGCAUCGGCCGCAAGAGGUGCUUGAUGAUCGGAUGUCUCGUCUUCAUCUGUGGCGGUGUUAUUCAAACGGCAUGCUUCAAGUCGCUGAACCAGUUCUACGUCGGUCGUCUCCUCGCCGGUAUCGGAGUCGGUAUCAUGUCCAGCGCUUGCCCGACUUACGCCUCCGAGAUUGCUCCCAAGGAGAUCCGUGGUCGCAUCACUGGUCUCUUCCAGAUCGUGGUUGUUGUCGGUGUCGCCUUCAGCUUCUGGAUCUCGUACGGCGUCUCGUACAUGGACCCCGACAAGAAGGGUGCCAUGCAGUGGCGUGUGCCCAUUGGAUUCCAGCUCGUGCCCGUCGGCAUCAUGAUGAUCCUUCUGCCGUUUUUGAAGGAGUCGCCCCGUUGGCUCGCCGUCAAACACCGUGAUGAGAAGGCUCUCGCCAACCUUGCUUGGAUCCGCAAGACCUCCGUCGACGACCCCGACACCAAGCUCGAGUUUGCCGAGAUCCAGGCCGCCAUCGAGGAGGAGGAGGCCACCAAGGACGGCAGGUCGUUCUUCCACGAGAUCAUAGCUAAGGGCAACCCCAAGCGCUUCAUCAUUGCCUUCGUCAUGUUCACCCUUCAGCAGUGGAGCGGCCAGAACAGUAUCUCGUACUACGCCCCCAUCAUCUUCAAGAGCAUUGGUAUCACGGGCACCCACACUUCUCUGCUCACCAGUGGUAUCUACGGCCUGGUCAAGAUCGUCGCCACCGCCGCCUUCAUCUUCUUCGGUGUUGAGCGUUUCGGUCGCAAGAAGCCUCUUCUCAUCGGCAUUGCGCUCAUGUCCAUGUUCCUGUGGAUCGUCGGUGCCGUCCUCAACACUCACCCUCCCGCCGACACUUCGAAGCUGCCCGAGGGCACCCCUAUCCCUGUCACCUCUGCUUCGAUCGCGAUGGCCGUCAUGAUCUACCUCUACGUCAUCCCCUACUGCUUCAGUGUCGGUCCUCUGCCUUGGGUCAUCUGCUCCGAGAUCUUCAGCAACCGCACGCGCCACUACGGCCUGACGACGGCUGCGUCCUCGCAGUGGCUGUGGAACUUUGCUGUCUCGAUGUCGACGCCGCACAUGGCCAAGGCGCUCAAGAACGGCGGCAUGUUCUUCUUCUUCGCGACCAUCAACAUCAUCUCCUUCAUCCUCGCCUGGAUCUACCUCCCUGAGACCAAGGGUAUCUCGCUCGAGGGAAUGGACAUCAUCUUCGGCGCCACGACGGCCGAGCAGCGCGAGGCUGACCUCCACGCCCGUGCCCGUGCCCUCCACGUCGAGGACGACAAGGACAUUGCCGAGGUCUCGUACCACGAGGUCGACGAGAAGAAGAGCAGGGACAGCAUGGUGUGA